AUGUCUAGCAAAGGCUUGGAAAAGACGCUCCAGAAAUUGAGAGAUUCAGUAAAUGCUGGCAACUAUUACGAAGCCCAGCAAAUGUAUCGUACGGUAGCUCGCAGAUACAACAAGCAACAAAAGUAUGCUGAUACUAUCCGCUUAUUGCACGAUGGUGCCAUUCUCUUAUUACAACACAAACAGAAUGGCUCUGGAUCUGACUUAGCCAACUACAUGCUGGACACUUACAAGUUGGCUCAUUUACCUGUGGACGAGACAUCUUUAGAUCGUGUUGUCGAAAUUUUGUCUUUAUUUCCCAUCACAGAAGCUGGUCGCAAGACCUUUAUUAGCAAUGCCUUCAGAUGGACAAAGGCUGAUGGUGAUUAUCCCGAGGGCGAUCCUGAAUUACACGAUUUUGUUGGCACCAUGUUUUAUAAUGAGAAAAAGUACAGUUUGGCUGAAGAUCAUUUACUUGUGGGUACAGAUCACAGUGCUGAAUUGAUUGGUAAACUAGCCUAUAACUGGGCUGUUGAGGAAAAGACGCAAUGGAAGGGCGCCUAUCUUGCCCGUAUCGUCCUUCAAUUUUUGGCAACAAAGGAUAUCCAUCAUGCAACAUUAGCCUACAAAAACUUUAUUGAAGCUGGACCACAACCUGUUGCAGCUGAAUCCCAAGUGCGUCGUGCACCUGUUGACGAACCCACACCAUUCCAUAUUUACGCAGAUCCUUGGAUGAAUUUCACACAAAUGUUGUUGCUGACUGUGCAAAGAGACGGAAAGGAUUUAUUCAAUGAACUCAAGACAAAAUACGAGGGAUUGUAUGGUAAUGAGGCUAAUUUUGUGGAACUUGUUCAAGAAAUCGGUCUCGUCUUUUUCAAUAUUCCAAAGCCAAGAAAGCAGGGCAAUAUCAUGCAAGAUUUGAUGGCUAAUUUGUUCUCUGGCGGUGCUGGUGCUGGUGGAGGAAACCCUUUGCUUCAAUUAGGUGGCGGUGGUAGUGCUUCUAAAUCUUCUGGUGAGGAUCUUGAUUAG